CAACCUAAACAUAAACAGGAAAACGGUUCAUAGUAAUUUAAGAAAACGUGAUGUGUUCUCCGUUUUUAAUCUUCAUUAAUCAGGCAAGAAAAUACGAGCCAAUCUAAAGGAAGAGGAGAUGGUGUCAAAUUAUAUUUACGGAUCUAUAAAUGGUGUUUGGUUAUGUUGAGAUGUGGGAGACGCCAGAAAAGAGUUAUUUACCGAGAGAAAAUGGACGGGGCGUGAUAGAGCGAGAGAGCGAGACGGAGCGAGAGAGCGAGGGAUGAGGAAGAGGGAUGGGCCGUGUUUGUUUUCAUCUCUGAAGUAUGAAAAAGAAAAAAGAGGUCGGAUUGGAAGGAGGAAUGAGAGAAAGUUUGCGCUGUGAGCGGCUAGGGGCCCGCCCACUGGCCUGCCCCUCCUCCCCCUGUCCUCCCCCCUCCGCACACCCGCCUGCCUCCCCUCUCCCCCGCAGAGAGCUCGUGCAGUUGGUUUGCUCCACUGUGUCUGUGAGGCAGGCAAGCCGAGCACGGGGCUGCUGCUUCACUCCCCUCCAGGCAGACGUGGAGCAGAGGGCCUGGGGAUCAGUCCUGAUCUGAGAGCUGGGAGAGGGGGACCUGGAGAGAGGAGCGGGGGGGUCGCAGUCACACGGACCGGGACACUUUUGGAUCUGCAUUGUUUUCCCCCGAGAGCAGAGACCAGCACGAGAGGGCAAGAAAGGAAGAGCAGAGGUCUCGCUCGUCCGGGAGGGGGGGGCACAGGAGUGGAGCAUGUUCGACUGCAUGGAGGCCGUGGGCAUGGCGCCCCGGCAGCUCUUCCGCAUGGGGGGCCAGGGGGCCUGCAUGCUGCAGACUGGGAGCCCCUUCUUCACGGGGCUGGAUCGCUUCGCCUGGACCGGCUCGGCCUGCGUUCAGUCGGUGGAGACGCAGAGCACCAGCUCAGAGGAGAUGGUGCCCAGCUCGCCAUCGCCACCCCCCCCACCGCGAGUCUACAAGCCCUGCUUUGUCUGCCAAGACAAGUCGUCCGGCUACCACUACGGCGUCAGCUCCUGUGAGGGAUGCAAGGGCUUCUUCCGGCGCAGCAUCCAGAAGAACAUGGUGUACACCUGCCACCGGGACAAGAACUGCCAGAUCAACAAGGUGACCCGCAACCGGUGCCAGUACUGCCGCCUGCAGAAGUGCUUCGAGGUCGGCAUGUCCAAGGAAGCCGUGAGGAACGACCGCAACAAGAAGAAGAAGGACGUGAAGGAGGAAGCUGUGCUGCUGGAGAGCUAUGAGCUGAGUAGCGAGCUGGAGGAGCUGGUGAGCAGAGUCAGCAAGGCCCACCGCGAGACCUUCCCUUCCCUGUGUCAGCUGGGCAAGUACACCACGAACUCCAGUGCAGACCACCGGGUCCAGCUGGACCUGGGCUUGUGGGACAAGUUCAGUGAGCUCUCCACCAAGUGCAUCAUCAAGAUCGUAGAGUUCGCCAAGCGUCUGCCUGGCUUUACCACACUCACCAUCGCUGACCAGAUCACCCUCCUGAAGUCAGCCUGCUUGGAUAUCCUGAUGCUCAGGAUUUGCACCCGCUACACGCCCGAGCAGGACACCAUGACGUUCUCGGAUGGGCUGACCCUGAACCGCACCCAGAUGCACAAUGCUGGUUUCGGGCCGCUCACCGACCUGGUGUUCGCCUUUGCCGGUCAGCUGCUGCCCUUGGAGAUGGACGACACAGAGACCGGCCUCCUCAGCGCCAUCUGCCUCAUCUGUGGAGACCGCAUGGACCUGGAGGAGCCGCAACGUGUGGACCGUCUACAGGAGCCCCUGCUGGAGGCCUUGAAGAUCUACGCUCGCCGCAGGCGGCCCAACAAGCCACACAUGUUCCCGCGGAUGCUGAUGAAGGUGACGGACCUCCGCGGAAUCAGCACUAAGGGGGCGGAGAGAGCCAUCACACUGAAGAUGGAGAUCCCAGGUCCCAUGCCGCCGCUGAUCCGGGAGAUGCUGGAGAAUCCCGAGGCUUUUGAGGACGGUACCACGCAGGGCGGGGAUGCCGCUACCCCCGCUGUCCCCGCCCCUACGCCUGUGAAGGUGGAGAAGCGGAUGGAGGCCGGCGGUCCAGAUGAUGGCUUUGAACCCUCCUUGGAUGAGGAAGAUGAGGACGAGGAUGAGGACUGCGGGGAUGAGGAGCGGGACAGGGGUGCAGACAGCGAUGGAGAAGCCUGGGCAGAUACUUCGAGGAGGGCCCAGACUGGCCGGGCACAGUGAAGAAGCUCCACCUGCCUUUCUGCAGCCUAACCUCAUUAACCUGCCCCCCAGUACAAACACGUACAUUCCCCACCGUACCUGCAGCUCCCUCUGCCGGGGAGGGGUCUGCUUGUACAGACAACAGGGGUUCAGUCAUACCCCCGGGGUAACAGGAAGACAGGGUCAGGGAGAGGAAGACAAGGUGUGGAAGCUCAUGGAAGCAUCUCAGACACUUGCUGUGGGGAUAGAGGGUGCAGGUUUCAGGGGGAGGGGUAGGAUUUCCCCGAAAAAGUCUCCAUCUCUCACUGUUUAUGUGCCCGUUUUGUCGGGUCCAGGCCACAUGGCACGCAUGCUGUGUGCCACUCGGGUGUCACCUACAAAGCCAUCGAAGAACUGGGCCCACAUACCUUGGGACUUCCGAAAUAUUUUUUUUUAUUUGACAUGUAUUAGACUUUCUAUCAUUUGAUACCUUUAGGGUAUAUAUAUGCACUAUAUACCUGUCUGCAUAUAUUCUGUCAUCUUGGGUGCUUCCUGUUCUUCCUUUUGGUUGCGAUCGAAAGGUUUCCAGAUGUCAGACACAGAGAGCGGUGGCAGAUUUUAGCGUUAAACCAAUCAGGAGGCCCCUCCAGCACUUCUGUUCUCUGGACACAUGCGACUCGUCGCCGAUGGGGACUCGUGGAAACGCAGUCACCCGGCCCGUACAGCCGGACAGGCGUUAGGGUGGCGCCACGUCGCCGAUGGGGACUCGUGGAAACGCGGUCACCCGGCCCGUACAGCCGGACAGGCCUUAGGGUGACACCACGUCGCCGAUGGGGACUCGUGGAAACGCGGUCACCCGGCCCGUACAGCCGGACAGGCCUUAGGGUGACACCACGUCGCCGAUGGGGACUCGUGGAAACGCGGUCACCCGGCCCGUACAGCCGGACAGGCCUUAGGGUGACGCCACGUCGCCGAUGGGGACUCGUGGAAACGCGGUCACCCGGCCCGUACAGCCGGACAGGCGUUAAGGUGGAGCCACCUGGUGGAUCGACGAUCUUGUGCCAAAACGCGGCGGUUUAGACAUCCGGAGCCUACACCGCUGUCAGGGACAUCGACCGACCCCCCUGCCCCCCACCCAUAAGGCUGCUCACGCCAGCAGUAUUCUGGCUCUAGAUGGACAAGAACCUCCUUCUUGGGGCAUGUAGAGAUAGUUGACUCACAAGCCCCCACCCCACUGUGCUGUGUUCGCUCCAACGCGCUCGCAGCACCUUGGUGACCCUUUGAAGGAAGGUGUUGGCGGUGGGGGUGGCAGUACACUGGAUACAGACACUGCCGCUGACAGUGGACAGUAAAUGUCGGCCAUUACUGAAGCCAGGGAGCCCCAGACUCCACGCUGAGUGGUGGGCUGUGGGAUACACGUGCCCAUACAGCCAUAAUUCAGAGGUUCCUCCCAUGUUCGGGGCUCGUCCCGCAGGCCCCAACGUGGUAUGUUAGUGGGCCGUCCCUCUCACUUCCCACUGAGACCAUCACUAGCUCAUUUCCUUCUGGUCUCCUUUGUAGAACUGAGUGAUUUUGAUUCGGUCGGGUGCACAGAACCAGCUACAUUCAUCAUCGAGCCAUUCGGCGAGGAAUUACUCCUCCUGCACCCGGCAGGUGGUUGGUUUGUGGGAUCGCAAAAAAACACAAUGCAGGUGAUCAUCCUAUGAAUUCUAUGCAUGGGCGGGGGGGGGGGGGGGGGGGGGGGUACGUGUCGGUCGAUGGAUAGGAGACAGCCAUUUGAGAUUCUCUACCUGUACGUGUGUCUGCAUGUGUGUGAUCAUUUUGGUGCUUUAGUCAGAUGAAUGUUACUUUAAGACUCCUGCUAAAUAGAUAAAUAGGUAAAAAAAAAAAGAUAAAACAUCCGUGAAGGCCUUCCUGUCUUCUAAACGUGGCCGCUAGGUGGCGCCACACUCCGGUGCCUGAUGUGACAUUUCUCUACACCUGUCUGUCAUUCUGGGGUGGGGUUAGGGUUCUCUUUGUUUUGCUUGUGCUAUCAAACCUUAUCAUGUUAAAAGAAGCCAUUUUUUUACAGGGAAUGAGGAUUCUGGGGCAAUAAAUAAUAUUUUGAGUGUAUUGUUAAUAUUGCUUCAGAUUCUUUUCGUUUACUUUCUUCCUAAUUUUUGGAUUCUCUAACCCUUCCUCUGCACAAAUCUGGUGUGUUUGGUGGAAGCAAAGAAAACAAAAUCAGCCAAAAUCAUCUAAUCAGCCAUUCUGAGAGUCAGGGAGGCAGCAGAAUCCCCCAGCGUUGUUCUGUCAUUUCGGAAGCCUUCACUGUCUUGUAACUUAAGGUUCCUUUGCAGAUAAACCUAUAAAAUGGUAUUACUGAGUUGCCUGGGUGUUUACAAAUGAUGUUGGCCCACUCGGCAUGCUUCCCUGGGCACGUGCCCAACAUAGAUCCACAGCACAGCACAAAACAGCCACUGGUUCACCUGCUUUACCACCAAGUCACUCCUAGAGAUAUGUCUGUAACGCUAUUCUGUUAAAACAGCAAUAUGUGAUACGCUGCAGUAUCUGAAAACGCUACAGAUUAAGCACAGCUCUUUCUAAACUGAUUGCUCGGGGCUCAGAAACACGUGACUGCUGGCUUCAGUGGCUGAAGAUAAUCCAGUUCCCGUUUCUGAAAUUCCCAGAGACAGGAUAUGCGGACAAAAUCCAAACAAAAAGCUAAAAAGUCCAAGUCCACGCAAUGGUUCUCAACAUGACAACCAUAGCACAGAACUGAGCUACCCAGCUUUUUGUUUUCAAUGGUCCGUACCAGCUGCCAGUCUGUCCCUCUCGCUCAAAAGAUCAGUAAGAUUAUGCUUGAAUGAAUGUGUUUUGCAUUUUCUUCUAUUUUGGACAAGAUUAAAUGACCGGAGAAAGCGGCAAACGUGCGCAUGCGCAGUGAUUUUGUGAGUGAGCGCUGACCUGGAGCGCUGGUGUAUAACAAAGCCGUAAGCUGUGCAAAGUGCCAUCGCAUUUAGUUUGAUUUUAGUUAAAUCAAGUCAAGGACCACACUGCAUAAAACCUAAACUGAUGUGUGUUUUGAAUUCAGUUCCACUCUGUUCAACACACCUGUUUAAACACACUUCAGUCAACAGCCGGAAUCAGCUUUAGAAACGUAAUUUUGUAACUUAUGAUAUGUACCUAUGUAUUCUUGUUUUUAUGUACUUUUCUAUAACUAUCAAUAUUUUUUUUUUAAAUAAAAUUUGAGGAAUGUCGGGGUUUUAUAACGGUUGGAGUCGCAUUUGAGAAUGUACCAGACAUUGUUCACGGUUCCCAUCAUUACUGUUUUACUAAAGCUGUCUUUUUUCAUAUGUGAGAAGCGUUUGCUAAAUUAAAUGAAAAUAAAAAGGACUACAAAUUCAGGGAUUUGGAGAAAAAAAAUAAAUGUUUUUUUUAAUUGCUUCUAAGCAA